AUGUUCCUUCUGGGCUCCGUAGAAGUUGUUUCCUGUCUGCAGAUCGCUGCCAUCAUCAUGUCCAAACUCGACAGGUGGCUGAACCGGUCGAAAGAAAGCCAGGCCGUGAGCUCAGAGCAAGCUCCCGUGGAUGUGAGAGGGAAGGGCCAUCAAGGGAUCAACGGGGUUCCGAGAGAGGAGCAGGUCAAGGAGGACAAGCUGUCUCGUUGGGUCGCGAGAAGUGCGAAGGUCAGUCUUACUGGCGGCAAGAUGAUGGAAGGGGAGAGGGAGCAGCAUGCGGGAGGAGCGGUGGCAGGAGGAGUAUCAGCGUGUUGUAACCUGAUCAGGAUCCUUGAUGCAAGCGAACUGAAAAUUAUUUCAAUCCCCGCGCUCUCCGACGCGUCUCAGUCUCUCCCACCCCUCGUGUCUGUUGAGGAAAUCAAAAGCCUCAUGGGCAAGGAGCAGAAAGCGUUUCAGCGGCCCAAGAGAGCGCGAGCUGAGAUUGAGAAGGUACAAGAGAUGCAGACCAAGCAUGCGGAGGCACAACAAAAGCAUCCGAAGCAACAAGACGCGACUGCCGAUAACCAACCAAAGAGCAAAUUGGACAGAUGGGUCAAGAAAGUACAGGAUGGAAACUCGACGAGCAAUGGCGCUGAUGACACGAAGGCUUCCAAGUUGGAUCGAUGGCUCAAGAGGUCGCAAGGAGAGCAGAAUGAAGGCGCACAGGAGGAGGGGAAAGCAGUCAAGGAGGAGAAGGUGGAGAGAGAACAACUGCCCCAAAUGACUGUGCAAGAAGCUCUGAAGGGCGAAGAUGCUCAACAGUUUGCACAAAGGCAGUCCGCUUUGCUCUCAAACUGCAUGGCUGAUGAGCCGGCCGACCCAACCUGA